ACUUUUGUUCGCACCAAAUUCCACUCACAAGUUGAAUGCAAAAUAAAAUAUUAUCGAAAUCAUCGGCUAAUUUUUUAAAAGUGAUUUCAUCCAGCCAUAAAAGGAAUAAAUAGCCUUGCCAAAAGCUGAAAUGUCAUCGGAAACAGGAGGAGAGGUUAGAACGCCUGAUUGGCGACUGAAAAUGUCCCAGUUGUAUGAGGACACGGUACAACAAGAUGAUAACAGACCGUGCGCUGGACUCAGAAAAGAAUUAAAGGCUUGUUUACAAGAGAGUGACUGUGUCAAAGUGCAUCACAAGUCGGCCAGAGAGUGCUUGGCUGCGACCGACGGAUCCGUCCCUCAUGACUGUGUUCUACUUCGCCAAACAUUUUUCGAGUGCAAAAGGUCCUUGCUGGAUGCUAGACAGCGAUUUAGAGGUCGGAAGGGCUAUUAAAAUUAGAUGUACAGAUGAAUUUAAAUGUAAUGAACAAAUCAUUUAUGUAGUCAUACUUAAUACUCUUAAUAUUCCCUAAAUUUGUAUAAAUAAUAUGUAAAAUGUAUAUAAUACAGCUGUGCGUUUAUA